UUCUCUAUAUAUAAUCCUCUCUUUGGUGAAUCACCAUCAACCAAACCAAUAGUAUAGUGACAAAAAAAAAAAAUGCCUUCCUUUCUUAGGUACUAGAACAUUACCUUCAUGAAGAAAUCUCCUCCCUCUCCUCCUCUCCCACCACCUCGUUCCUCCUCCUCUUCACCAUCCAAUUAUGCACCCCUUUCUUCUCCUCGUAUGAUCCCUGUUAACAAGUGGCAAAAGUCGAAGCCAAAACAUAAGAAAGCUAAGAACUCAGAUGAAGCCCAUGUGAAAAGCAGUAGGAGAAGAAGCUCUAUCUACAGAGGAGUCACAAGGCACCGAGGGUCAGGGAGGUAUGAAGCUCACCUGUGGGACAAGAACUGGCAGCACCCGGUCCAGAACAAGAAAGGCAGGCAAGUUUACUUGGGAGCCUUUGAUGAUGAGGUGGACGCAGCCCGGGCUCAUGACUUGGCUGCCCUUAAGCUCUGGGGUCCAGGGACAAUUUUAAACUUCCCUGUGGAAAUUUAUAGAGAAGAAUACAAGGAGAUGCAAACCAUGUCAAGGGAAGAGGUGCUGGCUUCUCUUAGGCGCAGGAGCAACGGCUUUUCCAGGGGUAUCUCUAAGUACCGUGGGGUGGCCAGGCAUCACAAAAACGGCCGGUGGGAGGCCAGGCUUGGCAAGGAGUUUGGCUGCAAAUACAUCUACUUGGGAAUAUACGCAACUCAAGAGGAGGCUGCCCAAGCUUAUGAUUUAGCUGCUUUAGAGCAUAAAGGGCCAAAUAUAGUGACCAACUUUGCUAGCAGUGCGUACAUGCAUUGCCCGCGGCCAUCUAUGCACCUACCAGUGAAGCUUGGGAUGGAGCGAGCACAAGAAGACCCCAAGGUUGUACACAUGGAAGCCACCGAGACCAUCGAUCAGCCCGUGCCAAAUGAAUACACACCGGAGAUCCCAUGGACCUUCGACAAGGACCAUGAGUACUUCGAUGCAUAUCCUCCGCUUGAUGUCCCAAUCGAUGAUGGCCAACCUGACAUCUUGAUCGAUCUUAGCUUCGAGGAUAACAUUGAGCAUCUCUUUGAAGGAUUUGAGACCCUUGGAGGCAAUGAGGGUGGAAUUGAUCGUUCCAUUACAAGCCAGGGUGCCUAGGAGAGGAUAGUGGUUUGAAGGUAGUGGAGGACAUGGCAUCUCAAGUGGAUCUGUCUUGUGUUUGCAGGUAUAUUUGAGAGGUUGGUUCGAGUCAGGACUCUGGUGCUUCUGUUAAAUCCGUCAUUGGGAUAUGUUCAGCUCUAGUUUUAGUUUUUCUUUCUCAGUUGGUGUGCCUCCUGUUUAGCUGUUCAUUUUCUUCUCUCUUCUCGAGUCCAGCAUGUUUAUGUUUUGAUAUAAUGGAAAAUGUUGGUUCUCCCAUUAAAU